AUGUGGGCGUUGCGUUCCUGUCUACAAAAGCUCUUAGCAGAGUGGUCCAUUUUCUGUUGGUCCUCUCAAUCUGACCGUUACCCUCUGGAUGGUAUGCGGCUGUACGAGCCAUCUUAAUCUUUAGGAACCUAUACAGCUCAUUUACGACAGCAUUCCCGAACGAUGAGCCUCGAUCAUGGUGCAAUUUUUCCGGUGCUUCGCAGCAGCAAACGCUGCCAUUAAAUACGGCUCGGGCCGCCGUUGUCGCUGAAACGCCAGGUCAUGGCACUGCCUCGGCCAUUUUGGUAAGGAAAUUCAACGUAACAAAGAUGGAUCUUUUCCAUGCAGAGGACAGUGCGAUCAGACCGACAUGGUCUACGCCCACCCUCUCGUUGGGGUAG